AAUACAUACUAAUCAAAAUGCUGGCCGCGCGGUAAUGACAACUUGAUUUACGUGGUAGAUAGACGUGGACAGUACGGAGUGAUUAUUCUCAAGUAAAUCAGAGAAUCGUUCACAUAUUGUGAUUGUGUUUUUAAGGUGGAUAGUGUUUUUAACAUUUAAAAAAUAUAUUUAAAGCAAAAUUACAGUUGAACGUGAAAUCCGGACUUUCCACUUACGUGUCGCAUGAGAUCUUAAAUUGAGUAUCAGGAAUUACAACAGUGGCCAAAGGGUAGGCCGAUGCGUCUACACCGGGGUCUAAAAUGCACCAAUGCUCGCUGUUUAUACUAACACUGCUGUGCGCCUCGGUAAAAGAUAUCUCAGGUAGCUGGGAAGAAUGGUGGACGUACGAUGGCAUAUCAGGUCCAGGAUUCUGGGGCUUGAUAAACCCACAAUGGAGCAUGUGCAACAAAGGUCGGCGACAGAGCCCCGUCAACAUCGAACCAGAGAAACUACUCUUCGACCCUUGGCUCAGAGAUAUACAAUUUGACAAACAUAAGGUAAGUGGAGUUCUGCAGAAUACUGGGCAGUCACUGGUCUUCCGAGUGGAAAAAGACUCCAAGCACCAGGUGAACAUCAGUGGGGGACCUCUUUCCUACCGUUACCAGUUUGAAGAGAUCUACUUCCACUACGGCCUGGAGGAUAACAGGGGAUCAGAACAUCAGAUCGAUCAUCAUACGUUUCCUGGCGAGAUCCAACUGUACGGCUUUAAUAAGGAGCUCUAUCAUAAUAUGUCAGAAGCACAACACAAAUCUCAGGGUGUGGUUGGGAUUUCGCUUAUGGUUCAGAUUGGCGAGCCCACAAACAAGGAAUUAAGGUUAAUCACAAGCGCUUUCAACAAAGUUAUAUAUAGAGGUAGUUCGUACCCAAUUAAACAUCUUCCGCUAAGUUCCUUGUUGCCUAACACGCAACAAUACCUCACGUACGAGGGCUCCACCACGCAUCCUGGAUGCUGGGAGACCGCAGUUUGGAUCAUCUUCAACAAACCCAUCUACAUUUCGAAACAAGAGAUGUAUGCUCUACGCCGGUUGAUGCAAGGCUCCCAGCUCACACCCAAGGCCCCACUGGGGAACAACGCACGACCCGUACAGCCUCUACACCACCGAACAGUCAGAACUAAUAUCAAUUUCAAUAAACAAGGAACUCAGAUUACGAGCAAUUGUCCAGAUAUGUAUAGAAACAUGCAUUAUACAGCACGUUACCACCGCAAGACACGAUCGAAAAAAAGUGUUGCAUGCAAACGAAAUGAUGAAAAGAAAUGUCACAGGAAAUUGGUAUAGUUAGUCAAUUAGCAGUUGCAAGUCAAUCUACCCAGUGGCCAAGGGAUCACAAUAUGAGAUACAGAAGCACCGAUGACUUAGCGAUGCCGUUGGACUAAACUCUCGCGUCAAUUGAUUAUGAUUAUAUGAAUAGUAAAUUAGAUUAUAACCAUUAUGAUUAUACUAUGACUAAACACGUCGAUUACCGCCAUAUAGCAACAAAAUUAUGUAUAUAGAAUGUAAUCGCGACAUAGCUGGUACAAGGCUUUCGUGUAUAUAAUGAAUGUAUUAUAGAAAACAAUAUAGAUAAACAUAUAAAGUAUAGCAUAUAAAUAUAUAACAAAUAUUAUUAAGUGGAAGCACAAUAACUACAUAAUUCACAUUGAUUAACAUUUAGAGAAAAAUAUCCAUAAUAUUCAUUACUUACUUCAAUGUUAUUUUUAAUUAUGCUAAAACUCCUAUAUUUUAACCUCAGAACAAUGACAAGCAAUUUUAAAAUUGUUAUGCUGCAGUCAGAUUCGUUGAAAAAAGUAUAAACAUUUUCUUAAAAUAAUUUCUCCAAAAGUACCUAGCACUAAAUUAAAUCGUAAAACUUCGACUAUAACUGCACGUAUGUCGAUCAAAUAAAUUUUAAAGAUAUUCUCCUUACAGCAAAUAGAAGUUUCGUUUAAAUUUAAUAUUUAUCUUAAUGCAAUUUUAUCAAUUAUUACUAUAGUAUGAAUAAGUACUAUAAUUGCAAGUUAUACAAUUUUGCCUGUAAUACGAAAUAGUAUUUUUUUUACCCUUGACUAUUAUUUUUGAAAAAUGUGUAAUGCAUUAUGAGGCCGCUUGCGCAUUUAUAUCGUAAUGAAUUAAAUAAAAAUCUAAAUGAAUACUCGGACAACUUAAUACAUGUAGUUAUUAAGAGUGUUAAAUAUUUAUUCUUGUAUAUACACAUUAGAUUAAUUAAAGGCAAUGUAAUAUUCAUAGGAUUAAUUAAUUACCCACCUACGAAAGAUAAUACAAAGAAGCGAAAUUGUACCUUAAACAAUAGUAUAGAUACGGCAGACUUUACCAUCCUAGUUAACUUUGCCUAGAACAUAUAAUUACAUUGUUAGAGUUUUAAUUUACUGUAGUCAAGAAAUUAUAGUAACUACAUUAAAAUAGAAUCUGAAACCGAUUUCGUUUACACAAUGAAAGACAAAUAAUGAGAUAAACAAUUAGAUUUUCAAAUUAGCAAAAUAAUGAUUAUGUCGUCAAUUGUAUAGACAAUAUUCCAUUUCAUCAUGGCAACUUUGCUUACAACCCGCAUAGUGACGUGCAUUCGUGUAAUCUUUAAAAUUAUUUGACAGCUGAUGCUGUCAUUUUGCAUCAAAUACGUAAGUUGAGCAUCAUACGGCUGUACAUAGGUAUUAUAUAAAUAUAAUCAAAUAUUCGGAUAAUUAAAGAGUAUCAUAAAUUCGUCCACACUUUAAAGUGUAUUUACUGCGGAAAGUAUACAAUAUAAGCUUAUAAAUAAAAUAGAUGUUAAUACGGUUAUAAUAAAGUGGUUCAUAAAAUAUAAUAUAUUCAUUAGUAUAGCUUGAAAUGUAUUUUAGAUAUCUGUUAUUUUGUUACUGCAUAAUAUAAUUAGGAAUAUUAUGUAGAAACAAAAAUUACAGCAGUACGUUAUAGGGUUUCAGAUAAGCUUUAAAAUAUUUAAAUUCUCUUAAUUUGUCUAACUAUUAUUACAAUUAUUGUAAAUUUAUAUAUAAAGUAAGGGCUUAUAAAUACAUUUAAAUAUUAAUCCGAAUGUACGUAUUUGUAGAUAUUCUAGUUGUCAUCUGUCAUCGGCCGUUGAAUGUAACUGUCAAAAGUGACAGCUGUCACUUUGAUAUUUAUUCUUAACAAAAAACAUUCUGACAAAAACAUAAUAUACCUAGCACCUAUAUACAUAUUACAUACUAUUAAAUACAGUUUAUAUCAAAACUCCGGUUAAAUUUAGCGUUUCCGUAAAAUAGUUACUGUAAUGUACUUGCGGAAUUAAAUGUGGUAGUUUAGACGCCUUUGUGUGAAACAAUUGAAUAAAAUAAAUAUUUAUCGAA